GUUAGCAUUGAAUAUUAAAUUGACUUCGUCUACCACUCUUAUGUUUAUCAGUUGUGCUAAAAUUACAUUGAUAAUGUGAAGUGGGUAGUUGAAUUAAGUGGUUUUUUACAGUUUUUUGAAGAGUGAAAUAUUGUGUUUUUCUGAAGUAGGACUGAAACAACCGUAUCUACAUUCACAUUUUUUAUGGACAUGUAUAAGUACAUGAAUUGAAAAAGCGUCCCUAGGGCUUCCUGUGUGGAUUUUUAGUAAACAACUAAGCAAAAUUUUCAAUAAAAAUGAAUUCUAAUCACGAAGGGGGUUUCCACCCUGGGAGUACAUUAUUUUUGGGACUUUCAAAAUCAAUCGGAAUGGCUUUAGAUCAGACAAAUUUUGUUGUGAGUCAAAUUGUACUUCUACUAUUUGCUUUCAUAUUACGCACACAACUUCAUCCAUCGAAAACAAAAGGUACCACCCGUCAUUGGUUUGAACUUAUUGUGGGCCUUCUAGCUGGUCUAUUUUGUUUUGGAAGACAUAUAUUACAUAUAUUUGUAAUGCCUGGAAUUUGUUACAUUGUAAUGUCAAAAGUGGAUCCAAAGCCAAUGCCAAGGAUUGUUUUAGCUAUAUCUCUGAUAUAUUUAUCAAUUUUACAUUUAUAUCGGCAAAUCUACGAUUAUGGAUCUUCAAAUGUAGAUAUAACAGGUCCAAUUAUGGUGGUGACUCAAAAAAUAACAUGUCUGGCAUUCAGUUUACAUGAUGGAAAGACAAAAUCAGAAGAAGAGAUGAAUAGAAACCAAAAAUUGGAAGCAAUAAAAGAAACACCAAGUUUGCUAGAAUAUUUCAGUUACUGCCUCUCCUUUCAGACAUUUAUGGCUGGACCUAGUGUUUCUUUCAAAACCUACAUUGAUUUUAUUAAGGGUAAAAAUACAGCAAUAUCAAUGGCAAAGAAAACUGACAAUGGGUUAACCAAAGAACCUUCUCCAUUAUUUGCAGUUUUAUGUAAAGUACUUACAGCCGCAGCAUGUGGUUCAAUUUUCCUUGUAGUGGGUGGGUACUUCCCAAUAAGUAGUUUGAAAGAACAACAAUUCUUAGAUGAUUCUAUUACCUACAAAUUCGGGUAUAUGUACUUAUGUUUGCUCAUCUGCCGGUUGAAAUAUUACUUUGCUUGGAUGUUUGCCGAUGCUAUAUGCAAUAAUUCCGGAUUGGGAUUCAAUGGAUAUACAGAAGACGGUACAGAGAAAUGGGAUGGUGUCUCUAAUAUUGACAUAUUCAAGUUUGAGACUGGAACAAAUUUGAAAGAAACCAUAGAUGCCUGGAAUAUUCGUACUAAUAUUUGGUUGAGAACAGUUGCUUACGAGCGAGCCCAAAAAUAUCCAACUCUUAUGACAUUUGCGCUCUCAGCUUUAUGGCAUGGAUUUUACCCCGGCUAUUACAUUACAUUCGCUAGUGGAGCACUAUUCACUGCGGCUGCAAGAAUUGGACGUAGGCAUAUUAGACACUUCUUCUUGAAGACCAAUGAACUGAAGGCAUUUUAUGAUGUCUUGACUUUUAUAAUAACUCGAUUAGUGAUAAUUUAUAUCACCUUCUCAUUCGUUUUAUUGGAAUUCGGCCCAAGUCUUCAAAUAUACAUGAGUCUCUAUUGGUGUUUGCAUAUCUUAGGAGUUGUUCUGUUGGCAUUAGGUCCUUUUAUUAUCCCGAAACCUAACAGACCGAAUCAAAGAAAUCCUGGUAAUGUCAAUGUUAAUCAAAUCGAAAAUACCCUAAGACAGGUUGGACCCAUAACAAACAGCUCUUCAUAACCACUUCAAACAAAUUUGGACAGAUUUGUUAUGAAAAAUAUUUUUCAAGUUUUGUUGGAACUCUAUAUAUUUUUAUAAGAACAUAAACCGAUAAUUUUCUGAAUUUUUUCUUGUCGAUAUUCGAUUUUUCUAAUUAUUUACACUUGCAUAAACUAUUUCCUCUUAAUCAAUGGGAAUUAAAUUAUCAGAAUGUAAAAAUGAUGGACCAAAACUUCUUGGAUAAAUCUCGGUGUUACCAAAUUAUUUAUGGCCAUGGACUGAUAUAUUUUUGAAUUUAUUUCUAUAUUAUUUUACUGAAAAUUUUUUCAAAUUUGAAUAUUAUUUAUUAAAAAAAAAUUGAUGUGGUUUUUUGAUAUUCUUUUAUGGAUUUUUCGAAUAAUAAAGUGAGUUAUUAAGAACGCUAGGUCUUAGUGGCCCCGUCAAAUGUGACCAAAAAAUUUCGCUAAUUAUUUUUAAUUACAAAAUAAGUAGUGCAAUAAUCGAAUGAGAAAUUUAUGAAAAGACUUUCCCAGAUAGCACAAGUCCUACAGAUGUUGGAUGGAUAUAUUAUAUAUGUAACUGAUAUUUCAGAAAUCCAUAAGAUAUCUCAUAAAUAUAUUGGAUGUUCUAUGAACAUCCAACCAAUUGGACAUCCUUAAGAUAUAUUACAUUCAUAAGAUAUCGCCUACCAAUAUUUAUUUAUUAAUAAGAUAUCCUCAAAAUGUCCGGAAUGAAUAUCCAUGACAUAUUUUCAUGUUCAUGAGAUAUCCUUUGUGAAUAAAAUUACCUCCGAUAUUAAUUUUUCCUUUAUGAAAUUGAAUUAGAAUAUAUGGUAAUAUGGAUAAUGAGAUAUUAUCUUGAAUAUCAUCACUUUCUAGGAAGAAUAAAGAAACAUAAUUUAUAACUGACAAAAAAAACUCAAUAAAAAACACAAUAAGUCAAAAAGAAAAACAACAUAGAAAAAAUAAUUCUUUAAAAUGUAAAAAAUUCAAUUUUAGAGUUCAAACUGAUUCAAUCGAUCUUCAUCCAUUUUGAAUUUUCGUAUGGUCUCCUUAGGGAAUCCAUAAGAAAGGAUUUUCUAUGAACUUUCAUAGAAUAUCCAGUUUUUGAUACCAAUUUAUUUUCUGUUGAUGUAAUGGACAUCCAUAGGAUAUCAUGCUAUCUGGGUUCCUAAUUGACAAUUCCUUAUUAAUGAAAAUAGAUUGAUAUACUUAUUAAUGUUAACUAUUAUUUUCAAUAGAAAACCUUUGGAAUCGUUCAGGAGGGAAAAAUAUAACCCCCCUGAAAUUUUUACAGUUUUUGUGUAUGCAUUUCAAGGACGGGUAUAACUAUGACAGAGCUUUUUAUUACUGGUAAUUUGUCGAGUUUUUCUCUAACACUGCUGCUGAACUUUCACUAAUUGUUAUCUCAUUUAUCUGUCGCUAACGCUCAAUAAUUAUUUCCACAAUAUAUUCAAUUAAUGAAAAAUGAAGAUCGGUUCAAAAGUACACUGUUGAGUUCCUGCUUCAAGUACAAAUUAAAAAAUUGCUAUGGUUGGAAUGUACUAAUUAUACUACACUGCCUUCAAUGCAAGGUCAUUGACCUAAUAAUGAGUUGCCUUUGGUAAAAAAGCUGUAAGUGUGCAAAUGGUUUAAUUUUAAUAUAUUUGAAUUUGGUAAAUUGUUUGGCAGUUGAGGCGUAUCGUGUGAUUUCUUGUAGUACAUAAAUUCUCAUCAUUAUACAUCUUCUUUCUGUAUAAAAUAAUGAUUUCGACUCAAUUAACUUCAAAUUUUCAGUAUUAUAGUUAUAAUAUUUACAUCUUUUUUAUAUUCUUGUUUUAUUUCAUAUAUAUUUCGUAAUACUGAAAUCUGAGGAGAGUAGAAAAAACUUACCUUACAUUUUAUGAAAAUUACUUCAAGAAUCAUCAGAGCUUUUCAUUUUUUUGUACAUUAUUAAACCAAAGGAUUCAAACAUAGACUUCUAAACUUUGUGAAGACUGAAAUUAUCAAAAGCCCUAGCAGCGACAACUAUUAAAUUUGAAAGAAAAAAGUACAAACUUCAAUUAUUUUCUUCCAUUGUUCAACUUCUUGUUAUCUAAGUAUAUCGAGAAAAAGGCAUUUAAAAUAAGAUAUAGCAUGGAAUGUGUGUAAUAUUUCUGGGCAUCUUUAUUAAAUUUUGUUCAUAUUGGAUAUGAAUGAUGAAUGACAAGAUAUUUGUAACUUUUCUAUAGUGUGAUAUUUCCGUUUUGUAGUUGUGAUAUACUUAUAUUAUAACCGCACAAAUUUAUUAUCUUCCAUUAACUGUAAUGUAAUAUGCACACAGGAAUCGUUCUUCCAAAUUAUUUUAAGGAAUCUAUUAUGUGUUAAUAUUAAACUGUAAAACCAAAAAUUGUGAUAAAAUUAUGUGAUGUAAAAUGUGAAUUUUGAAUUUAUUCAUUGGAUUGUGUUCCAUAUAAGAUACACAAGGUAAACUUUGUUUUAAUGAAUAUUCUCUUUGAUUCAUUGGUUGUAUCCAGUGAAUAAAUAUUUGUCUCUCAGAUUGAUACGAGCCAUAUCUUCGUUUAACAAUGUAAUAUGAAAUUUUAUAUUUAAUUAUAGCUUAAAUUUAUCUGAGAAACAAAAUUUUUUUCAUUCUGGAUACUACCAAUUAAUCAAUUUUGAUUUAUUGAAAUUAAACAUUGUGUACUUUGUAGUUGAGUAUUUAAUAACCUUUAUUAUGACAAGAUGAAGUGAUUCAAUGUUCCGAUUUGUGACUAGGAAGUUUUUAAUUUUUUGAUAUUGUGGAAUUAAAUUUUUUCGCGAUGCUAUUGUGAUUCAAUAAAAGUUCAUUUGUCUCAUAAA